AUGGGCGAGGAUGUGUCAUACUGGACGUCCAUGUACACCACGACCCCCGCGGUGCUGCCGGUAUUGGCCCUGCCCAAUUCUCAGCAGGAGGCUCGUUCCUCCCCCGUGGCGUGGGACCAACACGCCGGCGCCGCACGGCUGAACGCCGUGCUAGCCUUCCGCAUCCGCGAGCGCGCAAAGAGGCACAAGGUCUCCCCCAUGCACUUCUUCCUCGCCGCCUACCACGUGCUCCUGGCCCGCCUCGCGGCCCGCGCCGGCGGGGACAUGUGCGUCGGCAUAGCAGACACCAACCGCGCGACCGUGCAGGACGUCGCCGCGAUGGGCUACUUCGCCAACCUCCUCCCCGUGCGCAUGGCGCUCGAGCCGACGUUUGCGGCCCAGCUCGAGGCCACCAAGGACCGCCUGCGCCAGGGCCUCGACAUCUCGGCGCCCACGCACGCGCCUCUCUGCCAGGCUGUGUUUGACUACAGACAGGGAGGGGCUGAGAGCGAGCUCGCUGUAUGGGCCGGGGCAUCCUAA